AUGAGUGAGAUAUUUGAUAUUUUUCGUUCUUAUCAUUUUUAUAUUGUAGCGUGGAAAGAAUUAUCUAACACACAUAACCGUUUGCAUUCGUUAGUGGAGGGUUUAAGUCUGUGCGAAACUUUAAGAUGCGAUGGUUCUGUAGGUUACGGUGGCUCACCAGAUGAAGAUGGUGAAACCCGACUCGAUGCACUUGUUUUCGACGGGCCGCGGCAUCGGAUGGGUGCUGUGGCGAGUUUAGGCGGAAUCAAGGAAGCAGCAAAAGUAGCUUAUGCUGUUAUGAAGUAUACUAAACACUCAAUGCUUGCUGGAGAUGCAGCCACGAAUUUCGCACUGGGUAUGGGUUUUAAAAGGACAUCGUUGUAUUCAAAUGAAUCAAGAGCCGCUCAUCAGAAAUGGCUGACCAAGAACUGUCAACCCAACUUUAGGAAGAAUGUAUUACCUGAUCCUCGACUGCACUGUGGUCCGUAUAAGCCGAUGAAAAGAACAUACCAAGAACACAACAAAAAAACGUCAUUCGAUACGUGGACGGGGGAUGGCCAUGAUACGAUGGGAAUUGUCAUUGUAGAUGACAAUGGCGAUAUAUCUGUCGGCACCACUACAAAUGGAGCAACUCAUAAAAUUCCUGGGUAUAAGCAAUUAUUAUAUGAAGAUGAGAAAAAUAACAUAUGCAGUUGGUUUAGACGAGUUGGUGAUUCACCCAUUCCGGGAGCUGGCGGAUACGUAGAUAACGACUACGGUGGUGCUGUAGCUACAGGUGAUGGUGAUGAGAUGAUGCGUUUUUUGCCCAGGCAAGUCUAUCAAACAGUAGAGAAUAUGCGUCAAGGUUUUUCUCCACAGAAGGCAGCAAAACUGUCAAUUGAUCGGAUACGAAGGUUUCAUCCAAAUUUUUUUGGUGGAAUUGUUGCGGUCAAUAAAACUGGACACUAUGGAGCAGCUUGUAAUGGAAUGAAACAGUUCAGUUAUUCCGUUCAAAAUUCUGCUUUGUCUGUUGCUAAAGUUUUGUGGAUUAAUUGUCCACAGUGA